GUAGUGUCUUUCCGGUAGCAAUAGUUUCUUGGCACCAUGUCAUAGAUACUUGAAUGAAAUACAUAAUCAAAUGUCUAUGUUAUGUAGAGGUACAUUGCCAUCUAGAAUAGCUGUUUUACCGAGGUAUUCUGUUACGAAUUCCUGCAUUCCAUAUCGCAUAUCGCAAAAUGGUCACUGUUUCCAGCAUUGCUUUCUACUGCGCUUAAGCACAGGAUCAUGGAUAAGGAGGACUUUUUCAACACAAAAUGAAUCACAUGGAAACUUUUUUACAGUUCGGGAUUCCGUAGAUUUCAGGUAUCUAGGAAUUGAGCCAGAAUUGCUAAAACAAUGGGAACUUUUUGAUAUCCAGUAUAUGAAGCCGUUUCAGUAUAUUAUGGCCAGAUGUAUACUGGAUACGCUCGGUUCAACUCAACAGGAUGUAUCUAAGCUGGAUACCAAAAAAUACAUCUUCUACAAUGAACCGAAUUCAGGAAGAACUACUGGGUAUCUAUUACCACUGUUGCACCUGUUAAAACAAAAGAAUAAUAAUAUCGACACUGUUUUGAUCAUUACGAAAAGUGGACAGGAAAGCCGAUCUUUAUGUGCUACGAUCACAGCAUUGGAUCCGAGUGCCAGGUGCUUGAUAAUUGAUUCAUAUAUUGAACCUGAAGAUAGUAACCCUAAGUAUACUGAUUGUAGCAUCAAUACUAUAUCUGGGAAUGCUGACCGAGAAACAGAAGCACUAUCUGCUUCUAUAAGCAGCUUUAAUGCACUAAAGGAAAUAACUAGUGACUCGGGGAGACACAACAUCUUAAUAGCUUCAAUAGAGCGAAUGGAAGCUGUACUACAGGAUACGAGAGUUUCUAAACAUCGAUUAGCACGGAUUGGAUGCGUUGUAUUCGACGACCUUUGCAGUUACCUUGAUAAGGGGGCUGUGGUAUCGAAUGUAUACCGUAGCAUACGUGCUGCACAGGUAUUCAGUAAUCAGUGCAGUGGAAUUCAUAAGAAAUCUCCUGUCAGCACUACCAAGACCCAAGUUAAUGCAAAUUUACAUACCGACAUCCAUGUCAUGUGCAUUGUUGGCAGUGUUGGCGAUGGCUUUUGCAAAUUCGCAACAGAGUACCUAGGAGGAUAUUGGUUGUAUGAUCUGAAAAAUGGAACUAAACAACGCAUCGUUGGCGAUGGACGUACUGACGCGGUCCGCCUGGAAGUUGAUCUUGAAUCAACACCAGAAAUCGUUAACCUUUCUUCCGGAACUGGACGCACUCAUCAAAUACCCAUAGAACAUUCAAUUUGUAAAGUACCAAGCACCAAGAACAAACGUGAUAGACAGUAUAUACUGGAGUGCUUGGUGUACAAUUACUUAAACCUGCCUACAUUCCACGUACAUCAUAUACUACCGCCUAUGUUAAAAAAACCGAGAACGCCAUACCAAUGUAUCGUUUUCGUAGCUAACAGAGCGCAACAACGGCAGUUGUCAAUGUUACAGGCAUUUAGAGAUAUAUCUGUUAGGCUGGGUUCUGACGUCACAGCUGAAGAAAGAGCAAGAAACCUCAACGCCUUCAGGGAGGGAACUAAACCCGUCAUGAUAGCAAGUGAUGCGUCUAUCGCCGGAUGUAUAUUCGAUAACGUCAGAUACGUUAUCAAUUAUAACCCACCGAAAUCAAUAGAGAUAUACCGUAACAGAGCUGGCAUUGCUGGAAAAAACACGGGGUCAGUAUGUAUCACCUUAUAUAAUAAACUGGAGUACAACGAGUUCAGUAAAAUCUUGAAAGCGCUAAAGAAACGCGUAUCCAUACAUACGGCGCCAUCACAGGACUACAUGUACCGGUAUAACGCUAAAUGGCUAGAAAGAUUCGCCAAUGAACUUAGCGCAAUGCAACCGGGGUUCAUAUUGCCGUUUGAAGAAAAGGCAAAGGAAUUAUUGCAAACCCAUGAUAUCAACGACUUGUUCAGCAAAACUGCAGCUAUUCUACUAGGCAUAAGCACUGGAGAACCCAUAUCGCAAACGUCAAUACUGUCAGAACGGCGUGGAUUCACUGCUGUCACGGUUUUUGAUGGCAGUGCUAAUGCUAGGUUAACCAUUGAUGAUAUAAAAUCAUUGGUUGCUAGGCAACUACCUGAUAUAAACAUGUCGAGUCUCUUUGGAAGGUAUGCCAGAACGGAAUCUGGGUACAUUGUUGACAUCAAUUCACAGUAUCUGGAGGUACUACUGAAGGCGGUAUCCAACGAACCGAAUAUAUGCUUUGAAAUUGCACGGGAACUACCACAACUAAUAAUGGGAGAAGAAGCUAAGUUAAACCGUGCGAAGGGACAUAUGUCAAAGCUACCGUGGCGUUAUUAUAAAAUACGAAGACUACAAAUGCAAAAGCGUAUGUUGUAACGCGUUCCAUGGAGUCACCAACGGAUCAACUGUGUCGUUGUGCUCACUAUCCAGCACAAG